AAGAAUUGCGCUACUUUCAUAUUUGAAAGGGGUGAGUUUUCGUCUAUUAAACCUUAUCCUUCUACUCUAGUAUACUGUCAAACUGUCAGAGAAAGUCCAAAUAGUCCUGUAGUAUAAUGUCAAACUGUCAGAGAAAGUCCAAAUAGUCCUGUAGUAUAAUGUCACACUGUCAGAGAAAGUCCAAAUAGUCCUGUAGUAUAAUGUCACACUGUCAGAGAAAGUCCAAAUAGUCCUGUAGUAUAAUGUCAAACUGUCAGAGAAAGUCCAAAUAGUCCUGUAGUAUAAUGUCAAACUGUCAGAGAAAGUCCAAAUAGUCCUGUAGUAUAAUGUCAAACUGUCAGAGAAAGUCCAAAUAGUCCUGUAGUAUAAUGUCACACUGUCAGAGAAAGUCCAAAUAGUCCUGUAGUAUAAUGUCACACUGUCAGAGAAAGUCCAAAUAGUCCUGUAGUAUAAUGUCAAACUGUCAGAGAAAGUCCAAAUAGUCCUGUAGUAUAAUGUCAAACUGUCAGAGAAAGUCCAAAUAGUCCUGUAGUAUAAUGUCAAACUGUCAGAUCCAAAUAGUCCUGUAAUCAUUAUGAAAUGAGGACAGUUAACCUUUUCCUUAUCUAAGGAACAGUACUUCAAAACUGUUGCCCGGAAAGGUCACAGGAAAAGGGAAACAAAAUGUACCAGAAGCGGUCGGCGUCCGAAAUUGAGUUAUACCUGAUUGGUCCAGUGUCAUGAGGACCAAUUCUUAAAUGGCAAGUUGUAUAACACGAUUUAAAAUAUCUUGAUCGCUGAGAGUCACUUACUUAAAAUUAUUUUAUUUGAAAUAGCUAACAAAACUGAUGGCCUAUCAGAAUAAAUCAAUAUUUUGGCAAAUAAGUCAAAAUAUGAAAUGUACCAUGCAGGGAUUAUAUGUGUGUACAUUUUUGUCAUACAUACAUAAUCCUGUAUAAUGUAUGUUUUAAAAAUGUUUACAAGUUUAUUUCGUUAUGUAAUCAACCUAAUCAAUUAAGAAAUGUCUGGAUAGCUAUUUUUUAUGGGAUUUUAGUUGUAUUUAAAAAUAUUAAUUUAAAAAAAAUAUGAUGAUAAAGCUGAUAAGAUAUUAGACUACAGCUUAUAAGAAGAUUAAUCAGCUCGCUCAAAGACAGAACCAGGAACGAGCAGAGGUUGGGGAAAAAAUGUUGGCCAAGGAGAAAACGAUUUGUUAAGUUGCAACAUGACUGUCAAAAAAAAAAAAUUAAAAAAAAAUAAAGAAUCUUUAAAAUGUGAGCAUAUCCUUGGGAAAAUUAUGACAAGAUUCGCGAACCUUGUAAUGGAGAGUGCACAGAAAGCCCUAAACUAACACACAAAAAUCAUAAGAAAAACACAGACUGGAAUUUUUUUUUCUCCUUCACAGACAACUUUAGAACGUGGCCGGUUUGGUGUGGAAUGGUUUAACAAUUACGACGCCAAGCGAUGCGCAUUUGUGUGCAAAAGAACACAGAAAUUCUUUAUGUAUCAAAGCAUUAGGGUUUGAAUCCUUCAGAAGGGCGUCCUCUUGUGUUGACCUGGGUCGGCCAUCCCCCGAGACUCGCCGUCAUAAAAGGGAGGCGUUAUGUUAACUUUUUAAAAAAAUGUGGGGCGGGGUGAGUGGGAGGAAGAGGGGGAGUAAGUCGUCGUCUGAAGGCUUGGGGUAUUCAUGGGAGACCACCCGGUGUCAUUUUACCAGAAAACAUUAACACCAUAAUCAGGUUUUUGUUGCCCCUGAUACGACGCACCUACAUAAGAGCUGGCGAUAGAGGGAAUCCUUUACAGAGGGAGAUAAAAAAAAAGUAGGGGGGGGGCAGGGUAGUUAUCUCGUAGGGAAGUGCUUGUGUUUGGGUCACAUUAGGAACGGGGAUCUGUAGGGGGAUAGAGUCAUAGAAGUGGAAAUAUAGAGGUGGAUUUCUAUGAAUCAUAGAGGUGGAACCCUGUGGAGUCAUAGAGGUGGAACCCUGUGGAGUCAUAGGGGUGGAAAUAUAUGGGGUCAUAGGUAGGGAAACAUACGUUGUCAUGGAGGUGUAAUAUAUGGAAACACAUAGGUGGAAAUAUAUGGGGUCAUAGAGGUGCACAUAUAUGGAGACACACAGGUGGAUAUAUAUAGGUAUGGAUAUAUAAAUUGUCAUAGAGGUGUAAAUAUAUGAAUACACAUAGGGUGGAAACAUAUGGGGUCAUAGAGGUGGAAAAAUAUGGUGUCAUAAAAGGAGGGAAAUAUAGAGGUGGAACUCUGUGACCGGAACAAGAUCGGACAUGUAAAACAAAGUAGCCCCACUCUGUGAAAUAAAAAACUAGUUUACCUUUACAAAAUUACAGUAUCUUUCUGAUUUACACCGGAAAUGCAAUGGCAUACCUGGAUUAAAUGUCGCCAUGAUCAAACUCGUACAUGAGAGUCACAACUCACACAUUUUUAUACAAGGCUAUUUAUAAAAUCCAGAAAGUUGUUUUCCUUUUCGAAACUCCCUAGGUACGUCACUCAGAACGUAUCUGCCUACUCCAUUCCCAGACCACUUGUGCUGAUUUACUCCAAAAUAUCCACAACCACCCUCCCACCAAUUUUUGACCACCUUGACCAAGCUCAUUGUCCAUUUGUGUCAAAUCCAGCAACAUCCACAUUUUUGCCAAUGUCAGUUUGAAGACGGUUUGCGCUGAUAUCCUCAACAUAUCACGCCCAGGGAGCGCGCGCUUGUAUACACGCCUGCCAACAAUCUAGUCCCUAUCGUCACAUCCCAAUGGCAGACUUGGCGUUAAGUUAUCGUUUUCGGGUUUUUUCCCCCUCCCCGCCAUUUUCACUCUGCCAGGCCAGCGUCAGCCGAACACUCCAACCGUCUCAGGCAGAUGCUCAACAAGUAUUUAUCUUUCGGGAGGUUCAAUUACUCCCCCAUCCCCUUCCCCCAAAUAUUCCGGAACCAGAUGGCUAUCUCACCUGCUUAAUGGUUGAGUGACUGUUUCUUCGAAAGUCACGUUCCAUUAGUCCGUGUCAAGAUAACGUCUGAUCAAUGUCUACGUGUUUGUCUCAGGACUUCAGACGUCUGAGAAAAUUGUGGACCACUGAAAAAUUCCAGUGUGAAAUUGGGAGACCGAAUUUACGAGAUCGCCGGAAGUAGGGUAACAGAAGUAGACCUAACUUUGUUUGAACACAGGUUUGCGCAAGGAAAAUAUGCAAAAGCUUUGACAAUUUUAAAAAAAAAAUAGGCUUUAUACAUGUGUUUGAAAAUUUGGGUCCAGAGUUAUUAAAACCACGGUGCUAAACGUUAAGACCACGAACACUUCUUCAAACAAACAAGAUAUGUAUAGAGGAAGGUUAUUUUCUUUUUAAAAUUAUGUUUUGUUAUGUUAAGCAGCGUCGUGCUGCCGAUCAAUCAAAGUCCGGAUCGAAACCUGUCAGUUAUAGAAAAAAAAAAAUCGUCAAUGAUUUUGUACAGACCGUUUCGGUAGAAUAGUGAAAUUAUAAGAACCGGCUCACCGGAGCCGGACAUGCCCAACACUGAUGUUAAAGAGGACGAUCUGUAACGCAAAACUGUAAGAUGAUUAGCUAAAGAAGCAUCGGAGGACUUAGAUAAAAUAGUUAUUUCUUCAAUCAACACCGUCGCAAUGAUCCCUUUAAGCUGCGCGGCUGCGUGGCCGCGCUGCAAUCUCACAGAAGCCGCGCAGCAGUUUUGAGUACCGCGCAGCUAAUUUCCACUUAAGGGUCUGUAGGCUGAAAAUUUUGCGCACAAAAAAAAUUGAUGCUGUAAAAACUAGCACACAACUUUAUGAUUUUGCACAUGAACCAACAAACCUUAGAGGGAACAUUGGCUGCGACUGGUAGUUAUUUGAACUAAGCCCAACUCAUUAGGUUUAAUCACGUGAUAAAAUGGACCCCGCUGUAAUGCACCCGGUCGCGUGGUACACCUGACCAAGAUGGUGCGUGAUGAAAUGUGCCCGUACAGUUUGACGCCUUCCAGGUGCCACUACAGGUAAUAGAAGACAGGCUGUGGGUGAAUGUGGUGGAAAGGGGGGGGCGCAGAAGGGGCAACGUGUAUGUGAGGUAUGGGUGUCUAUGAUGUAACAUAUGGGCGGCAUUAAAGUAGCUGUAGCUCUGGGUGUAUGGACGUAUGGAAGUAUGGAAGUAUGGAUGCAUGGAUGUAUGGAGGUAUGAACGUAUGGAUGCAUGGAUGUAUGGAGGUAUGGAGGUAUGGACGUAUGGGUGCAUGAUUAUGGAUGUAUGGACGUAUGGAUGCAUGGAUGCAUGGAUGUAUGGAGGUAUGGACGUAUGGAUGCACGGAUGAAUGGAUGCAUGGAUGUAUGGGUGGAUGGACGUUUGGACGUAUGGACGUAUGGAUGAAUGGGUGCAUGGAUGUAUGGAGGUAUGGACGUAUGGAUGCACGGAUGAAUGGAUGCAUGGAAGUAUGGGUGGAUGGACGUUUGGACUUAUGGACGUAUGAAUAUAUGGAUGAAUGGGUGCAUGUAUGUAUAGGUGGAAUUUUAGGAUUAUUUUUUAUGAUCUGACGUUGGAUAUGCCCGGUGAUGUCCAAUUAAGAUUCUUGAUGCAAUGCGCUAACUGGAGUCACUUAAUAUUUAAACACAAUUGUAUAACUGUUACUUAGAUGUUUGAAGUUUUCACUCAGAAUGUCAGAUGAACAUUAAAUUCGACCACCCCUCCUUCCACCGGCGCACCCCCUUCCCCCCUUUUAUUUAUCAGCAUUGCGUUGCCCGAAAUAUUGAUCACGUGAUAUUGCCUAAUGACAUCAGUGGGUCUUGUCGAGUGCAGCAAGGACAUAAUACGUUUAGAGGCCCUGGCAAAUGACAUCAAGCCUGGUUCGUGUUUCAAAGAUGCAUUUUUUUUGUGUGUUCAACCUGUUUGCCCUCAAAGUUUCUUGUGAAGGAGAAGCAUCGACGUAUGUUUUCUCAUAUUGUUUAUUAACUUAGCUUGGAAACAAAAAACUACAAUAUUUAAUCUUCUCUCUCUAUAUAUAUUAGACGAAUGAUUUAUAGAGUUGUAUUCCAUUUGCGCGCCGUAACAUGACACAGUGAAAAGAGUUCACCAAGCAGCACCAAUCGCACCAAUCGCACCAAACGCGUGGUGCGCACAUUGUUUACCUCUGAGUCAACGGACAUGCCUCAAUUCAAAAAACACUUUUGAAUUAACCCUCUCUACUGAGAAGAUAGUAGAUAGAUCUUAUAUUAAAAUGGUAUUAGAAAAAAAAAAAAAAUUUUCUGAAUUAUGAAUUCCAAAAAAAAAAAAAAAAAAUUAAAAAAUUAAAAACAUUAAAAAAAUUAGCAGAUGUUUGACUUGACACAACUGGGCUUAGAAAGUAUUUACAUUUGAUUUUCAGUUAUGAAGAGACAUUCUGACACCGAAACAAUAUCUCAUUAAAAAUAAUUUUUAAAAAAAUAUGUUUUAUAUUUUAAAGUGAAAGGUCGAUUUUUGUACCAAAGGCUGCAGGGAAAUCCAACGAUAAAAUCAGACCAACCUUCACCAGCCGAUCAGAAACAAUGAUAACUGUCUAGGGAGUACGGAAACCCUAUACCACUGAUAACAGCAGAAUCUCAGCAAUGCAAACUGUCAGUGCUGAAGACGAGACCAUAACAGGUGGCGUCUGUGUGAGAGUGGAAUAAACAAAGUGAAAGCUUUGACGUCACCAAGAAAAGAAAAUGACUUUUUUUUUUAAUACAAUAGGUUUAUUAAAAGUUACGAGAUCAAGUUUAUUUAGGUGCGUUGUGAUCAAAAGGGGUGGAUGAUUUAAGUAACAGUAGAUGUUUGUACUUUUUAGUUUUGUUAAGGCUAUCAUACACGGAACCCUCCCCCUUUAAGACAUGAUAUCGUAGUCUGUGAGAUCGUGGUCCAUUGAAUCGGAAGCCAAAAUAUCGUAAGCCAUAAUAUCGUAAGCCAUAUUAUCGUAAGCAAUAGUAUCGUAAGCCAUGAUAUCGUAAGCCAUGAUAUCAUAAGCCAUGAUGUCGUAAGCUAUGACAACAUACGCUAUGAUGUCGUAAGCCAUGAUGUCGUAAGCCAUAAUAUCGUAAGCCAUAGCAACAUAUUUACCUAUUUAAUUUUACAGGUAAUAAUAACGCAACAGUUUUAUUUUUUUUCCUUUAAAAAAAAAAUUCUUCCCCUUUCUCAUUCAGGUUUUUGUUCAUCAGAAUCCUCGUUUUAUAGCCAUUUUAAUUGUUUCUAUAGUAUAGUAGUUACUAUCCUAAUGUCUCAUUUUUAUUUUAGUUAGUUUACAUGUUUUUUUAAUAAUUGUAAAGCGCUUAGAGCUUUAAGGUAAGCGCUAUAUAAAAAUGCCUAAAUAAAUAAAUCAAUGAUACCUUACAGAUAGUUUAUCUUGCAUUUCCUUCCACCAAUAUUUAAAAGAACAUUUAAAAGGAGAUUUAAGGAAAUUUUUAAGCCAACAAACCAUUUUAUCGAUUUGAGUACAAGUUCAAUUAAUCAAAUCAGUAAUGUUAAGGGGCACCGUUUUUGGAAAUCUCACACACACCACCCCCCCCCCCGCCCCCCAACCCGACACCCCCACCUCAUAAAACCAAAUAAACCUCUGGCAGUCGGACAGGUGCAACUCGUACCCAUUCUUUAGAAGAGUGUUUCCCAAAGUGAGUGGUACGUACCCCUGGAGUACGACUAGAGUUUGGUGGGGUACGCGCUGCAAAGGGGGGAAAAAUAAUUUUUCAUUGUUAUUAAAAGUAUAUGCAUUUUUUUUAACGAGGGUUUCUCAGCGUUACCAAAAUUAUAUUCAGGGGUACACAAAUGUCGAAUGUUUGGGAAACGCUGCCUUAGAAGAAAAGAAAUCACGACUCAUUUGGAGACGUCAACUAAUGACGUCAGACAUAAGCAAUACAAAUUGGCCUACGGUUUUAACUCUGAAGUGAAGUUUACAUGAAAGUUAACAUCUCGGAGGGUCCAAUCCACUAGCCAUCAUUUCAUUAAGGUUACCACCGAGAAGGGUCCCAGCUAUUAACCAUCCUUACCUUAAAGUUACCACCGUGGAGGGUCCAAUCCAUCAGCCAUCCUUGACUGCUUGUUAUUCCCUCACGUAAAUAUGGGUUUGAAAUAAAGUAUUAUCUGCCUGGGAAUCUUUGUCUAUGUGCUCUGCUGUCAGCUUGUCCUGAGUUUGUUAAGGAAAAAAAAAACGUUUACUUUUGUAAAAGAUAAUUAACAUAUGAAAUAUGUAUACAUUUUUAAAAUCCUUUAGAUCAUCUUCGCGCUUGUUUGUGGUUUGCUGGCAAAUAUCUUCGGACGCCUAACUGACCCACUUUCCGUCAACCUAUCGAGCCCAAACCUGGAACAUAGACCCAUUACCGACGACAAAACAUUUUAUCAAAUUUUAUGCCCGACCCCUAAACCCAAAAAAUCAGGUUUACCAAGGGGAACAUGAAGGAAAUAUGACGUCAUUGAUUUCGCGAAAUAAAAUUCCAUAUAACUGCGCUAAAUAAAAUUCUUUAAAAAAAGAUAUCGCAAGUGCGUUUGCUGCGUAAUAUUUUUUUUUCUGAAAUAGUUAAUGAAAUAAAUCUGCGGUUUAAAAGUGGGUUUGGGGGGUCAAAAGAAUUUUAAUGUAGUUUAGGGUCGUGACAAUAUGUGUGGUUGCGGGCCUUGAGUGCAGGGUUUUUUUUUAGGGGGGAGGGGGGGCACUAAUUUGGAUUCUCAUAAAGUGCGUUACUUAUAUGGAUAUUUUGUCAAAUUUUCAGCCCCACCUCCUAUAGCUUGAUAUUAUAUUUUAUAAAAGACCUAUUCAAAAAAAAACUUUGUUUCUAUGGGUUGUUUGGUUUAAAAGAUGCCCUGCGAUAAGAUUAUUCAUUCAAGCAAAUGAAACCCAGGAAAGACUCAUUAAAAAAAACUGACUAUAACGACAUAUUUUGAAGUCACUGAGUGAUGCAUACAAUUAGGGUCAAACAGUGCAUUCUUCUAUGGCAAUUAAUCGAUGAAAUGGUUCUAGUUUGUUUUGUCCUACCCUGGUGAUGGUUGGGUCAAAGUCGCGCUGGGCGACUCCCUGUCUUGAGCAACUGGAAACAAUCUGGUAGGAAUGGACUGCUCAACACACUCCUGAAAAUUAUCUGUUCCUAAACUGAAUUGAUUCGAAAGAUGUCAUUAAACCGGUUAUCAUUUAGCCAGUUUAUCUACUUUUAGAUUGUCCGUUAUUUAUUAGCGAUAAUUAUAGUUAAGAUUUAUUAUUGAAAUAAUCCAUACUGACGACAUGCUACAUCAUUCCUAUUCAAUGUUAUUGACCGCGGAGGCCAUACAGAGAGAUUUCGAUCGCUUUAUAGGUAAAUCAUUAAUUAUUAACUGGUGUCGGUGUAAUCUCUUGAGACAGGAAGGACUGUCCAUCUAUCCAUAUAAAAUCUAGGUGUGAAAGAAAGUAGAGCUAAACGCUGUGCUCCAAAGCGCACAAAAUAAAUUUCUCGAUAUCUAAAUGAGAUUCUGAAAUUUACCGCCAGCGUCUUUGUUUCGCGGGACUGGUAUCAAUUACGUAAGGUGUAACACAUCAACGGUGUAAAACUGGGGACGACAUCCGAAUAUUAAUAUAGUCCAGGUAGGUGAAAAAAAUGUGUACGAUGGCGUAACUGGGGGGGGGGCAGCACUAAUUGGGAUUCGUAUAUAGUGCCUUACUUAAAUGCAUGUUGUUGUUUUUUCAAGUAACUUUAGCAAAUGGGAGGUUGACACAGCGCCAUCUGGUAGCGUUAGUGACAUCAGCACAUAAAGAAUGAUGCAUGUUGAUUAUCUUGCUUGUUUGGGCUUUUAAGUCAUUUUUUCAUUCCUUAAGAACUAUAAUAAUAUACCUCAUGCAAUUGAAAAAAAUAUAAGUAUUUUCUCACUAUAUUAACGUAUGUAUUCAUUUCAAGACAUCAUAGCAGUCUUAGAGUUGGAACAUAUAUAUUUUUUUUAAAAAUUAAUUUUUGAACUGUUAGGAAGGGACAACUGGAGUUGAAAUUGAGUUAUCAUCACCACUCUCCUGAGAUAAACAAUUUAUAAUCAGACUCCAGUUUCUCUUACCAACGCCCCCACCCACCCACACCACUGUAUCGGAGGGUUGGCUCCCCCCCCCCUCUUACUUGUUAGUAAAAGACUUUCGGGCCUGGGGAACUUAGACGCACAGUGGUGAGGAAUUAUGGGAAAAAUAAAUCAGAACAAAUGGCCUGUCUGAAUGGCACCUGCCUUCCCCCAGCGCAGUAGCUCGGUCGACGCCACUGAAUUCGCAAGUCAUUAACCUAAGAGUACGAAGAUCCACCUAUGUGAGAGAGUAUUUUCAAUAUAGUUGAAGUCGAAAAAAACACUGAGUCCCAUUUUCCGAAUUGGACUCUUAAAGUUAAAUUAUUUAAUGGUUUCGAGCAAGUGUCGGAACAAGAGUUCACUAACACGGAAACAGAGACUCCACUCUGCACCCCCCCCCCUCUAUCACUCAAGACUACUUCCACUACCCCCUAAUCCAGGCUGCUAUGCCCCCGACCCCAAUCGUGCCCACCCCCGAAAAAUGAUCCAUUUUUUUUUUUUGGUUUGGGGGGGGGGGUGGAUGUCUUGGGAUGGGUGGAGUGAGGGGACAGUAGCAUCCAGGGGUCUUGACCGGAUGUAUUUAUUAUAGUUUUCGUAUAUUAUCUUACAUUAAGGACUCCCAGACAAACGCCUAAAUAUUGUAAAUAAAAAUAAAGCCUGUGUUUACCGGCGUCCAUUCUUGUUUGUGUCUGACUUGAAGCGAGUAAUAAGAACGCCAAGCAUAGCGAGGAAGAACGGGAGGGUACGCUUAUCAGGAAGAGUACGGUUUCAGACAAUUAAUUUCGUCCAGCUUUUGAAAAUUGUUUGCCGUUGUCAAUUAAGCGAUAACGAGGGUUUCAAAAAAAAAAAAAAAAAAAAGAAAGUCUUUGAAUUUCAGAAGAAUGCAAACUUUUCUUACAACUUACUUGAGGAUGUAAUUUAAACAACGCAAAUGUAAGCUUUCAAAAUUUGUAAGAAGGACGAUCGAAACUUUAUUUCAUAUUUUGAGUCUACACAGUGGCGUAGCUAGGGCUACAGCCGCCUGGGGCGUGAUAAGAAUUUCGCCGCUAAUCUUCCUUGAAAAAGCAGUAAGAAUUUUGCCAUAAAUGACGCCCUUCCAAUUAAAAAAACAAACUUCUGCCAAACCUUUCCUACUCCACAGAAUCUACAUUAUGUUAAAUAAUAAAAAUAUUCAAACCCAGGUCAAUCAACUUGAAUUGACCACUGAAGUGUGGCGAAAUUAAUUUAGAAUUUACCGGAACAAUAACGAUGCACGACUUUGUAUUAAACUUAUUACAUCCUGAUAGAAAAUCUUCUAGAAAAAUUGUGAACUAUCGCAAAGCAGAAAUUUGAGUUCAACAGCUAACUGUUAACAAGGAUUCGAUGCCUUAAGAUAUCCAAAGGUCUUCAAGUUUAAAGUUUUUUUCUUUUUUUUAAAAAUGAAAUCGUUUGGUAAAAAUGUUUGAAAAUGACUUUGUUGCACACCACAGUUUGAAUUUGUUUAAAGCGGUGGGUUAUUCUUCAGGAAAAAACGAUGUGGAGAGCUUGUGGCAGGAACAGCACCAUUUUGAAAUUUUAAUACUCAAAUAGUGAGUGCGAUAAUUGAAUUAACAGGGGUAUGGCCAAGUAUGUCACACCAUUGGUUUAUCGAAUUGAAAAAAUACAGGACCCAAAACUGUUGGUUCGAAAUUAGACGCAUUAGCAUCUGACACGUGUGUUAUGAAAUAAACAAACAUGUGUCAAAGACUAUUAAUGUUAAAGAAUAACUAUUUUCUGUUAAAUUGUGUGGCAACUUUGAUGAGCCACCGUAUUCUUUUCUUGUCAUUGCAAAUUCCUAGGGCAAUUUUUUUGUUUGUAUACUUGUUUUUAUUUUAUUUAAAGUUUCGUAGCGUUACUGCUUCUCAUGCUUUCCACUAGUUUCUUCUUUUAAUUGCUACACCGUUGUACGACAUACAUUUAGUGCUACAUGGUGCAAAUAUGUGUCUCGGUGCACAGCAUCGUUAUCAACCUUGGGGCCACAUAGUGAUUGCUCUCCGUGUUUGGCUUUCUUAUAAAAUCAAAAAACAGUCUAAAUUUUAACGUAUAUUGAGCACUGAUCUUGACCCAUCUUCCCAUAUAUUGUAAUCCAGUUACCAGCUUCUGAUUCGCGAAGCGCGGGUGCUGGGUGGGCGAGCGAUGUAAACCGACUCAAUCCAAAUAGCUGGUGGUCUGGAGUUCAAUCCCACACCCAAGGCAAAGACAAAAACCUCCCAAGCACCCCCGGGAGGAUGGGACUCGUUAGCAAUUGGACGGCCACUCAUCUAAGAGAAGGCGUACCCUGAAUGGUAAACGAGGAGCCAGAAUGAUCAAUUCUCAAAAUACAGAAAAAGGAAAGAGAACAAAUGGCAACCAGCAUUGUUGAGACGGUGGUGCGCAAAGUAAGAGAUGUGAUGCGCACGAACAUAUAAGUCGUAUAAACAAAAUGCUUGGUAUGGUAUACAAGAGCAUAUGAAAUUAGACAAAUAUAUGUGGUAUUACAAUAAUAGAUGAUAAGAUGUGCUGCACAAUACAUGUUUGACUGCUUUAGAAAGUUACAUACAAAGACAUAUCAGCAAUAGCAAAAGACAUUGACAUGAACACUAAGCUUGCGAAACGGGUACAAUUGCUCCACGAAUGAGGGUGCAUUUCUUCUAUUUAACUAUAAGUAAGUGAUUGCAAUUGCAAUGUUAGUUCCUUUUGUUUUCUUUUAUUCACAGCUGACGAAUCUGUCUCGAGCUCCAAACAAAGCGUAGCUGCAAUAUUAACAUUUUAACUAUAAGCGAGACGUCAGGCAUGCAUGAGUUGGGCCCCUUGAAAAAACAGGGAGAUAACUAAUUAAAUGCCGUCUUGCCCUACGCUCCAGUUAUCUUCCAUUUUAUUGCUCUUUAGCGGCCCGUGGCCAGAGGGGUAAUAACAUUUUUUUUUUCCCCCAGUGUUGGUGUCUUCUUGGUUAUCGAGCUUUGGGGUUCGCGGGGCACCACGGACAGUAACUCCACCUAGCCCUUGAGGUAACUCUUUGUCGACUAGACCGAGCCGUCCGCGAGAGAAUCGGUCUGGUCUGCCGGCACGGUUCUCGCUCCUGCAUUUUCCCUGCACGUGCGCUGACUCGUGCACGUCUCGUGGACUCGGUGGUUUACAUAAUAUGUGGAAAGUGAAUUUCAGUUAAUCGGAUUAUAUUUCCCCCGGGCAAGGUGAGCAGCGCGUAUUGACACAUACGAAUGUGGUAACUUAGGCGUGGGGUGAAAUUUUUUUAUUUUUUUUUAUGUCUGUUGUUUUUAAUUAUAUUAUCGUUUGUUUUUUUGUUUUUUUAAGUGUGUUUUUUAAACAAAAAAAACUUGUUGGUAUACAAUUGGAGGUUUUUGUUUACAGGAUCCUGAAUUUUUGAACGACACAAACUGUGAACAAAAACAAAAGAGACACAUUUUGAUUGAUCAGGUUUACAAAUAAACUUUGAGUGAAAAUGUUCAUGGACACAUUUUAUGGGCGCAUUUAAAUAGAGACGUUUUAUUUGACACAGUUUACAGACAAUUUUCAUAGACACAUUUUAUAGAGACAUUUUUAUAGACAAGUGUUACAGACAUUUUCAUAGGCACAUUUUUAUAGAUUAAUGUUAUAGACAUUUUCAUAGACACAUUUUCAUAGACACAUUUUACAUGAAAGUUAUGGACGUGUAAAUUGUAAAGAGACAUUAAGACUGUGUUUUGCGGGGUGGGGUGUGGGGGUGGUGGGGAUAAAGGGUUGUAGAUAGAUGACAACCCUUUGCUAAACUUUGUUGUGAACUCUGAACUUAUUCGCACAUAUUUUCUUCCUCCGUACUAUGAAGUUAUAGGCGAGGAGGUUUGUGAAGAAAAUGCCCUCUCCCGCCCCAAAUUACAACAAAAAAAACAACUAAAAUAAAAUCGAUGCAUGGUUAUGAUUUUGAAUAAGCGUUUGCUAUUGAAUCUCUUGUAUAUACGUUUGCUUCUGCUGUGUCCUGUUCCUUUUCGAAACCGCGUUUGCCCCAACCCCACGUGUUUUAUAUUAAUAGCACUGAGUGAAAAAAAAAAUUUGUCAUGCGUGACGUGUGAACUCAAGUACAUUUAUUUUUUUAUUUUUUUUUUACUGGGAGGCAACUAUUGUAAGAGAGAAUAGAUAUUGUAUGGCGUAAGACUGUCUGCAGAACUGUCUGUAGUCUGUAAGACUGUCUGUAUGACAAUUGUUGACAAGCUGGAAGGUAAGGCGUAGAAUUGUCUGUAAGACUGUCUGUAUGACAAUUGUUGACAAGCUGGAAGGUAAGGUGUAGAACUGUCUGUAAGACUGCUGUCUAAAGGCCGGCGUGUAGUGAUUAGAGCCGUCCGUAGACCUAGUUCUAAAAAUAACCGGACGAGGUGUAAACAACAACAACAACAACAACAACAACAACAACUGCAUCUGGUUAAGCCCUGGUAAAAAUUAAUCCAACUUAAACUACGCUUAUCUUAACUUUGUACCGUUGUGGACACAUUUUUUGCACAGACGAUUGGCGUUAUGGCAUUUCGUGUAACAGAAGACAGGGGAGCAGUUGUUAAAUGAUUUAUUUUGGUUACAAAUCGUAUAACUAAAAGCUGCAACAUAAAUAGAAUAUCUUCCAACACUAAUCUAACUAUGCAACUGUCUAUUUCCCCCAAAAAUAGUGUGUGGUGGUAAUACCAUUUUUCUUUGCAUGAAACCAUAUAAUUUUAAAAUGGACGUCAUAAUUUUUCAAAAGUAAUUUGAACAAAAUUUUUAAGUAUAUAUUAGACAUGUUGUCCUUUUUAAGUUAGCAAUUAAAGAGUUAUUAUCUGAACGUCUCAAGGGUCAUAAUAUGAGAACCCCUUUAGUCACCGACAAGUUCAAUCUUCGUCCACAAAAAAACGUGACCACUGAAGAGGGAGAGCUCCCAUCUCCGCCAUGUUUUUAAGUUUGUUUCGAGAGGAACGCGGUACGUGCAUUCUGGUUUUAAUGACACUAUGAUGUACCGGUACUCGUGAAUGUGCCGUGCUCUUCACGGAUGCACUGAGGUAACCCUGGAAUGUGCUGAAGUAACCCAUGAAUUUACUGAAGUGACCCUUGAAUGUAGUAAAGUAAUCCUAGAACUUAAAGAAGUAGCCCCUGGAAAAUUCUGAAGUAACCAUUUAAUGUACCGAAGUAUACUUGGAAUUUUACUGAAGUAUCCCUGGAAUGCACUGAAGUAAACCUGGAAUGUACUGAAGUAGCCCUGCAAUAUACUGAAGUAACAUUGGAAUGUACUGAAGUAUCCCGGGAAUGUACUGAAUUAACCCAGGAAUGUACUAUAGUAGCCCUGCAAUGUACUGAAGUAACCCUGAAAUGUACCAAAGUAGCCCUAGAAUGUACUGAAGUAGUCUUGAAAUGUACUGACGUAACCAUGGAAUGUACUGAAGUAGCCCUGGAUAGCUUUGAAGUAACCCUGGCAUGUACGGAAGUAACCCUGGAAUGUACCAAAGUAGCCCUGCAGUGCACUGAAGUGACCCUGGGAUGCACUGUAGUAACCCUGGUAUGCACCGAAGCAACCCUGGUGUGCACUGAAGUAACCCUGGAUUGUGACUCAAAAUAAGUCGAUGAAUCCUUAACCGAACUUCGAUUCAUAACUUGACGGGAACGCCUGUGCUGUAGAAUUGUGUCGGCGUCAUACGUCUCUCCCCUUACACCAUCGAUGGCUUACAUUAUUCUGUUAGCCGUAAGAACUGCGUGCAUUUGAAUGGGGUAAUUGUUUGUUAAAAUGCUUAACCAAACAGAUCAGCUUAAAUGUCUUUCCACACACAAAAAACUCACCACCCCCCUCCCUUUAAAAAAAACACCAUCCUACCCCUCAUUCCCUCAUUGUAGCCUGCUACAUUUAAAUUACGAGAAAGGUAAUUUUUUUUAAUAAUUUUUUUUUUCUACGAUUUUUCCUUAUGAUGAGAUUAUGGCAAAAAUGCCCCCCUCCACCCUUUCUCAUUUUUUAACCCCACCCUUUUCUCCCUCUCUACUUAAAAAAAAAACAAAAAAACAACAAAAAAAAACGAAGUCUUCUCCGUACAGAAACACAAUACGUCUAGAACACUGACAAUGGGUCUGGGGCGUGCUUCGUGUCACCGGAAUAACGUAAUCGUACGUCGGCCUAUCAAAUACGUGUCUGGUGGAGGAACAAUGUGAUUAUGCUCUUCCCAAUAGAGAUGAAGCGAAUGAGAAAGACGAGGGACGCAAAGACAUGACAGAGAAAAAAAAAAGUGAUAAAAGAAGAGAAAGUGUGUAGAACGAGAGAUAGAGCAGACAGAGGGGAAAAAAUAUAGGGAGAGAACGAUAAGAGAGAGAAAGUUUCGUACAGAGAAACGGAAAGAUAGGUAUAGAGUGAACAAGAUGAAUAAACAUGUGAGAAUUGUGUAGAAAGUAGAGAAAGAGAAGAGUUGCAUUUAGGGUUAUGUGUAUUUUUGUGAGUGUGAGACAGAGAGCGAGAGAGAGAGAGAGAGAGAGAGAGCGAGAAGACAUGGAGAGGCAGACAGAUAAACAGACAGGCAUAGAAAGAGAGAGUGAGAGAUUGACAUAUAGUGAGAGAGAAACAGAGAGAGAGAGACAGACAGACAGAGAAAUAUAGAGAUUAAGGUAACAGUAAAUGUUUUCAGUAAAUCUCACUUAUAUAUAUCUCAAGUCACUUAUAUCGAGGUCAGUCACUUAUAUAUAGGCCAAGUCAUUAAUAUAUAGGGCAAGUCCCUUAUAUAUAGGGCUAGUCACUUAUAUAUAUAGCUCAAGUCACUUAUAUAUAUAUAUAUAUAUAUAUAUAUAUAUAUAUAUAUCUCAAGUCACUUAUAUAUAUCUCAAGUCAUUUAUAUAUAUCUCAAGUAAUAUAUAAUAUAUAUAUAGAGGUCACUCACUUAUAUAUAGGACAAGUCAUAUAUAUAUAGGGCAAGACCCUUAUAUAUAGAGAUAGUCACUUAUAUAUAUAGCUCAAGACACUUAUAUAUAUAUAUAUAUAUAUAUAUAUAUAUAUAUAUAGCUCAAGUCACUUAUGUAUAGCUCAAGUCAUUUAUAUAUAGCUCAAGUCAUUUAUAAUAUAGUUCAAGUCAUUUAUAAUAUAGUUCACGUAAUUUAUAUAUAGCUCAAGUCCCUUAUAUACAGUUCAAGUCACUUAUCUACAGCUCAAGUGACUUAUAUAUAGCUCAAGUCAUUCAUAUCUAGCUCAAGUCAUUUAUAAUAAAGUUCAAGUCAUUUAUAAUAUAGUUCAAGUAAUUUAUAUAUAGCUCAAGUCACUUAUAUAUAGCUCAAGUCACUUAUCUAUAGCUCAAGUCAUUUAUAUAUAGCUCAAGUCAUUUAUUAUAUAGUUCAAGUCAUUUAUAAAUUAGUUCAAGUAAUUUAUAUAUAGCUCAAGUCACUUAUAUAUAGCUCAAGUCAUCUAUAUAUAGCUCAUGUCACUUUUAUAUAUAGCUCAAGUUACCUAUAUACAUAGCUUAAGUCAUUUAUAUAUAACUCAAGUCACUUAUAUAUAGCUCAAGCCACAUAUAUAUUUUGCUCAAGUCACUUAUGCAUAGCCCAAGUAACUUUUUAUAGCUCAAGUCACUUAUCAUAGCUCCAGUCACUAGUAUUUCUGAUUACAUAACAAAAAUCUAACCAACAUUAUAUUUUAGGUUUUAAGUGGAAAAAAAUAAAUAUUCCUUCUUCGCUAACUCAACAUGAGUGAUGUCCAAACGUUUCAGAUUGUUGAGAUCUUGCCAGAGAUCAUCACUGAACUAAACCUCUCUUUCGUUUGAACAACAAGAAACGACAACAACAACAACAAAAGAACUACACGCUGAAAUACCUGUUUAUUAUAACUGAACCACGGUUUAUGCACUAAUACUAAUAGGAACACUUUCAGAUGCGACUGGGAAUAGUCUCCUCCAAUUCGAGGUUCAACUUUUUAUUUUAUUUAGCUCAUUAACAUCAUAUGGAAAAAAAAAUCCAAAAAUUCAUAACAAGAUAUGAAAAACUACACAAUUUAUAUUGUGAUGUGAAAAAUUCAAAGAUUCGAAUGUAAAAUGAAAAAAUCCAAGAUUCAUAUUAAGAGUUGGAAAAAAAAACAACUCCAAUUCAAUUGAACUGACCCUUGGCCACUUCUCUACCCAAAUGAAGAAGACCUGCAAAGGUGUGUCGCCAUUUAGUGACGUACUGUCAAUGGAGCUAUUCUGAGCUUCCGAUAAUCUCAUAUAGCGCAAUGUUUACGACAGCGCGGCGGGCCCUCUGCUCGCCACGAUAAACCGUGUCAUAAAAAAAUAAACAAACAAGUGAAUCCUUGUACGCUGCGCAAAGACGCCUGCGUCUCAUUUAAACACACUUGAACAUUGUUUAAAAAUUGUUAAAAAAUCAUUGGCUUAUUAGAUGAAUGCAUGUCUAUUAAUGGGUUGUCCGUAGAGGUUCAUGGUUGUUAGCUUUGAGAAAAUUGGGGGAAAUCCUCAGGGGCCAUGCUAAAAAUUGGAUGACACUGCUGGAGUUUUUCUUGCCAGCUGUUUGUGCUCGGUAUGUGGUUGUCUUGGCAGGUGGUUUUCUUGGUGGGGGGUUGUCUUGGUGGGUGGUUGUCUUGGCAGGUGGUUGUCUCUGCAUGUGGUUAUUUUAGUAGGUGGUUGUCUUGGCAGGUGAUUUCUCGGCAUGUACUUAUUUUAGUAGGUGGUUGUCUUGGCAGGUGAUUUCUCGGCAUGUGCUUAUUUUAGUAGAUGGUUGUCUUGGCAGGUGAUUGUCUUUGCAGGUUGUUGUCUUUGCAGUUGGUUGUCUUGACAGGUGGUUGUUUCGGCAUGUGGUUAUUUUAGUAGGUGAUUGUCUUGGCAGGUGGUUGUCUUGGCAGGUGCUUGUCUCUGCAUGUGUUUAUUUUAGUAGGUGAUUGUCUUGGCAGGUGGUUGUCUUGGCAGGUGCUUGUCUUGGCAAGUUGUGUUCUUGGCAGGUGGUUUUCUUGGUAGGUGGUUGUCUCUGCCUGUGGUUAUUUUAGUAGGUGGUUGUCUUGGCAGGAGAUUGUUUCGGCAUGUGGUUAUUUUAGUAGGUGAUUGUCUUGGCGGGUGGUCGUCUUUGCAGGUUGUUGUCUUGGCAGGUGGUUGUCUUGACAGGUAGUUGUUUUGGCAGGUGGUUGUCUUAGCAGGUGGUUGUCUUAGCAGGUGGUUGUCUUGGCAGGCGGUUGUCUCGGCAGGUUGUGUUCUUGGCAGGGGGUUUUCUUGGUAGGUGGUUGUCCCUGCAUGUGGUUAUUUUAGUAGGUUGUUGUCUUGGCGGGUGGUUGUCUCGGCAUGUGGCUGUCAUGAGAUGAUUGCACAUGUUGUUUUUGGGUUGGUUUUUUUUUUUGGACGUGGUUGUAUUUGCGAGUGGGUUGCCUAUGAUGGCUCUCAUCCACACAAAAAAAACUAUCUUUUGGAGAUAGCUGGUUUUGUUAGCUUUUUUGUUCUUGGGAGAACUUUGACUAUUUCUUUUUUUAAAGAUUAUAUUUUUUGCAAAUUGUGUUUUCUUCAAAUCUUUGAAAGGAAGAAUAUUGCGUAUAACCGUGCUCGUCUCACAUGCAUGGUUCACUAACAACUGAAAGAGAUUACUUGUGACAGAAUCGCUUUGUCUAUUGUCUGAAGAAGAUCAUCGUGACUUGAGCAGUGUAUUACCCGAGCACGUUUCUUCAGAAACUAACUUGAUGGGAUGACGAGCAUCGCGUCGAGCCGUGAAAUCGAUUCCAAUCACGCGUACGGUCAGUGAGAAACCGGACUGACCGAUGGUAAGGCCUUCACGGUUAUUUACAGUACUCUCUUGAGAUGACUUCAGAACAGAGACCUAAUCACCUCAAGACCAUUUACAAAAUCUUUUUUUUUAAAAAAAAAACAACAACAUUAUUUCAGAGAGAUGCUUACUCUGAACUCUGAUGGAAGUCUUUGACUCAAUUUUGAUAUCACGUCAAAAUCAAGUGGAUACACAUUAUGAUAAAUCGUGGAUACCAAAAGUAAGAAAAGAAAUGCUUUAGCCCGAAUCAAGAGCCCCCAACUUCCAACUUCUUCUCCAUCAUUCAUCCAACCCUUUCUCUUUCCUUCCAUUUUUUCUCACAAUAUUCAACCUGAACCUAGUUCCAAAAAAUAAAAAAGAAGGGGGGGGGGGCGCUACUAACAUUUUUUUUUUAUUUCCAAGGGGGGAAAUGCCCGCGCCGAGUGAAACUGUCAUGUGAGUGAUUGGAUUUUCAUAACGCCGGCCGCUAGAUGUGAGUGGAGAUCACUAAUGCACUGUCAUAACAGGAUUUAACGGGGGUUAUAAAUUGCUGACAUUCACGAGCGGGGGCACCAAGAAAGCCCAGACGGGCAGUUGAUGGGUCGGGCGGGGGAGGGGGGAGGGAGGGGGGAGGACACGUGGUAUACCUCAGCUCUAUGAUUGUGACUGCGUCGUCUUCUUGCUAUUUCCACCCCCAAAAGUUUUAGAUAUUUGGUUUGAUGUGUAUAUUUGUAUUCAUUAUCACCAUCAUCAUCACCACCAUCAUCCUCAUGUCCCUUAGUCCUUUGACCGUUGGGGCGCCACAGAUGACAUGAAAACUAUCCUCCUCCUUUCGUCUUUUUGUAUUAGUCUUGCGAUUAUCUAAAUAAUAGCACCCGAUCUCCCUAAUACUAUGGUCUUUGUUGGGGGCUAAGAAAAGGUAUUUCUGUUUGUUUGGAGACUUUAGAAAACAGAUGAAAAACUGUUUGAAAUGUCACAUGUCGGUGAGAGUGGUGAACCGUAAGUUUCACGUCUGAUGGUAGUGGUGAACCGUAAGUUUCACGACUGAUGGUAGUGGUGAACAGUAAGGUUCAUGUCUGACGGUGGUGGUGAACCGUAAGGUUCAUCACUGUCGGUGAUCCUGCAAUUUCAGUUAAAGAAGAAGGAGUUUCAGAACUUUAAAAACAGUUCACUUUGUGGCACAAACUCGAAAUAAUUCACUUUAUGACCUUAUCUCGAAAUAUUUCACAUUAUGGCACUAUCUCGAAAUAGUUCCCAUAUUGGCACUAUCUCGAAAUAUUUCACAUUAUGGCACUAUCUCGAAAUAGUUCCCAUAUUGGCACUAUCUCGAAAUAUUUCACACUAUGGCACUAUCUCGAAAUAGUUCCCAUAUUGGCACUAUCUCGAAAUAUUUCACACUAUGGCACUAUCUCGAAAUAGUUCCCAUAUUGGCACUAUCUCGAAAUAUUUCACACUAUGGCACUGUCUCGAAAUAGUUCCCAUAUUGGCACUAUCUCGAAAUAUGUCAUUUUAUGGCACGAUCUCAAAUUAUUUCCCUUUAUAGCCUUACCUCGAAAUAGUUCAAAUUGUGGAACUAUCUAUACAUAUUUCACUCCAUUGUUCUUUUUCUUUAUUGAAAUCAAACGUUAUUCUACAUAGGUCUGUCUCAACAUGUAGACAUGAACACUUGGAUUAUUUUUUGUUGGACUCUAAGACGUGACCGUUCGACCCUAGGUAUUCACCUCCUCAGAUGCCCCGUGCCGAUUAAACUCUGGCAGCAGACACAGGGGUCAGUUGUUGUCCGGUCGGGUCUCGCGUCAGAACAAGAAACUAAACAAACACGGGAAGCAGAUCACAUGACGGUCUCCGGCAUCGGCGGUGAUUACAGUUAGAGAUGGGGCGUUGUGGUGGUGUGGUGGGGGGAGGAGGGGAGGUUUGUAAUCACCAUGAACGCUUAGUCGGACUGGGGCUCUGGGAGCUUAGGACGAACCUGAUAACCGUGUGGACGGGUUGCUGGCCUGGGCAUCCUCCUUGGGAAUAUCACGUGAUCCACUUGCAAAGCUCUCGCUGAUCUUUGGAAGUUUUGAAACCAGUGUUUCACCGUAAAAUUAAAACAAAAUGGCAGAGAGGGGCGGCAUCUUCAGUUUUUAUCCAAUUAAAACGUCAUCAAUUAAAUUUGGCAAACGGAAACUUUAAUGAUUUAUCAAUAUUUAGUUUUGAGGGCUUUCAAAGUUCAAUGUUGAAAUUAAAAUAUUUCAUUUUAAGAAUACGUAAAGAUAUGGCUAAUUCUAGGUGCUCAUGUGAGAAAACUUUUUUCUUUCCUAUUGUUGAUAUAGGUUUAAGAUUGUGCAUGAAUCACUGAUGUAAAUAUUUGAGUCGUAUCUAAUGCUCAUUGUCUUCAUUAUACUGUGCAGACUAUGAGACAAUGACAAAAUGAGACCAUGAGGCUGUGAAACUGUGAGACUAUGAGGCUUUGAGGCUAUGAAAUUAUGAGAAUAUGAGACUAUCCAACUAUGAGACUAUGAAAUCCGAACUUUCUAGCUUUUCCUUUACGUGCCUUACAUGUGACCUCAAAGGUGUUCGGACACUGGUACAAAACCAAGUUGUGUGAAGCUAUGUAGAUUGAAAGGAAACAAUUAUUGUAUUUAAAAAGACCCCCAAAAAACUGUGUUAUAAAAUGAAUUGCACCCCACUCCCUUUUAUUCCCACUCGUCCAUUUCUUGUGAUUUUUUUGAUUUUUAAAAAUCUUUUUUGGAAAAUUACAUUUACGGAAAAAAAAGAACAAUGACCAUUCAAGCAACAUUUUUUUGUCGUACAAAUUGAUUUUCGAAUAAAUCGGUUUCGUACUAAUUUCCGGUAGCCGUCCAUAAGAAAAGUAAACCAUUGAAGUCAACCCAAACUGCACAUCAUUUAAACAGGAAGAAGAAUUCUGUGUAGUAAAUAUAAAUAUGAUAUUUAUCAGCCAGCCCAGGUACCCCACACAAAAAGAAGUCAUUACGUGCUUGUAUGUAACACGGUUCCCUAACAUCAAGAACACAACGGGAACUUGUGUUCCCCGGCGGGGUCUUCCGCCGACCUCACGCACACACACACACGUUUGUGUACACUGAGGUGUUGCUUCAAAGCAGGAAAUAAACAAAGUACACCGCGGGCCAGAAAAUCAAGGGGCUGGAGUACAGAGGAGGGGUGGGGGGGGGGAGAGGUUGGAAUGGUGCAGGAGUAAGUACUAAGGGAACUGUAACGGAGACUGUUUUGUCUUUAUUGUUGAAUGUAACGAGAGAUGUAACUGAGAGAUGAAUGUUACGAUUUGAUGUAACUGAGACGAUUUAAAAAUAAUAAUAAUUUACGUAACAAAUCUUAUUUAUACCAAUGGAUACUUCUUGAGUUGUCUACUGUGCUCUGUUCUUUGCUAUAUUUUCAUUUCUACUGCCGGCUGAGGAAGGCUUUAUGCCGAAACGUCCUUGUUUCUUGUCCUGUUCUCUUAUUCAAGCUUCACACAUACCUCGUUUUGCUUUUUCAUUCAUUUACUAAUCUUGAAUGCAGUCCUUUCAUUUACAUUUUCUUAUUCAUAAGCCUUAAAGGAUUUAAUGUAAAUACGUGCAAUUAUACAACCCCGUGAAUCGUACUCAGAUCGUGAUAACUUCUCGAUACGGCAGGCAGACAUGUUCUUGAAAAGUUCCCUGAUAUCCCCCCCCCCCCCCUAUUGAUUUCCAUGAUCAUGUUCAAAAUUCAUCACCUAUCUCUUAUACUUAUUCCGUAUAGAAACAUUUUCACUAAGAACAUCGUCUUCAUUGCAUCCUUUUUUUUCAAAACAUCGACUUCAUAACAUCAUCUUCAAAUCUUCACUUUCAUAACAUCAUCUUCAAAUCAUCACUUACAUAACAUCAUCUUCAAAUCACAACUUUCAUAAAGUCAUCUUCUUUACAUCAAUUUUAUUGCAUCAUUUUCAUUAAAUCAUCUUCAUACCAUCCAUCUUUUCGACAUCAACUUUAUUACCUCAUCUUCGUAACAUUAUCUUUGCCACUUUCACAUAAUCUGUUCCUCAAAGUAGCAUAUUGAAAAUACACUCCUCUAAUUUGAAGCAGUUUCCUCAUUGUUAUCUUUCCAUCAAGCCCAAUACACCGCUAUCUGGAGACAAAUCUCAAUUAUCGUUAUUCUACUCUUAAAUUUUGGUAUCUUCUGCUAAUGCACCCAAGCUAUCGGCAUAUAGUUUUUCCUAGUCUCCCGAAUUGCACACAAAAAGCCACAAUCUUUGAUGUGUUGACUUGCGUAACAUAUAUAACAUAAUAUAGAUCCCAUUAGGGACCACGUGAUAAGCUUUCACUUCAGAAAAACACUGGUAAAGUUGUGUUUCAUGCGUAAGCUUUUGUGAAACUCCACCUUUACUUUAAGUCGUUGUUUUUUUUGUGUGUGUGUUUUUUUACGAUUGUCUCGUUACCUUUGGCUAUUGUAAAUUUGUUGAUACACUAUAAGCAAAUGGGAAAUGUGUUGCCUGAAGCAAAGCUAUAAAAAAAAAAUGUGUCUUAAAUUACCCCUUGACUGGACCAGGCGCCGCCUUCUGUGGCAUCUACCCUCACUUGAUUGAAUAGCGGUGUUUUGAUGAUUUAUAUAUCGUACGGCGAAUGUUACUUUUCAUUCGCUACAUCUGCGGUUAUUUACGACAAAAGACUACCGACCUUGGGUCUGGGAAUGAUCUAUUCAACAAUGAUUCGUUUCACAGCGCUCAGACGUCUAGUAACUCAACACCCAGCACAAUGUUCUCGUGUCAUGAGUAAAGCUGUCUUACUCACCGCGCACAGGGAAGACGUUCACUUUUGAGCACCGAUAAAAACGUACAUUUUUAACCGUUCAUAACCGACAUAGCCGCAGCGCAAAAUCAUGACGUAAACAAAAAAUAAAUAACUGCUCAUAUAAGGAAAAAUUCGACCGUGUAUCCUCGGAUCCAGGCUUUUCCCAUGACCAGAAAUGUGUUUCUUCCACCCUACACGUUCUAAGGGAAAACAUCUGUCAUAAAGUAAUUCAUAAAUCCUUCAUGAUUACUGACAUCUCCCCACUUGUGACACACUACAUCUGACCCCUUAUGCCACACCACAUCUGACCAGUUAUGACACACUACAUCUGACCUCUUAGGACACACUGCAUGACACGCUACAUCUGACCUCUUAUGACACACUGCAUCUGACCCCUUAAGGCGCACUACAUCUGACCUCUUAUGACACACUACAUCUGACUUCUUAUGACACUACAUCUGACCAAUUAUGACGCACUACAUCUCACCACUUAUGACACUAUAUCUCGCCACUUAUGACACACUACAUCUGACCGCUUAUAACACACCACAUCUCACCGCUUAUGACAUUACAUCUCACCACUUAUGACACUCUGCAUCUCACCACUUUUGACACACUACAUCUCACCACUUAUGAAAAACUACAUCUCACCACUUCUGAUACAUCCAAUGUAGUGCAUCCAAUUCCAAUUAAUACAAUUACCCUUUCUGCUCAUCAUAACUUCUGUAAGUAAAAUAAAAGUGACUUGAGCCAGGCACCCACAUGUUACCUCCCACCAACUCCGCUACUGGGUGGUACACGUACUCCCCCCAUGUCCUUGACCAUCCGUUACUUCUGUAAAGACAUAAACAAAGAUGGCUGCGUAGCCACGUCCUCCUGGGAGUUCAGCAGACGUUCAAUCCCUAAUGGAUUAAAAUUGUUGGUGAACUUCCAGAUCUAUGUGUCCGGCUUCUGACAUCAAUAAACAGCGACAUCUUGUUUUUUUUUUUUGUUUUUUUUCUUCCUAAACAUUUUCUAAAUUUCUAGUUUUUAAGUAACCAUUUCCGUCGCCAAAUGUAUGGGAAGAAAUACUCAAAUAUUGAUUACUGUGACUCUUGGGAGAUAACCUUCGUAUGCUCACAUCAACUUAGGGUAGUGGUCUCCAUACUUUUUACAUCUGGAAGUCUCUCUGUUGUCUGCAAUGCACCACAGCUCGCUUCAACGUAAGAUGCGAUGCUGAGUGGGUAGAACAAAAGUUUCACGUCUAUCUUAUUACAGAGUAUUUCGUAUUAGAGAGCAUUACAGUAGCUUUACAUACGUAUUUCAGAGCAUUACAGUAGUUUUACAGUCGUAUUUCAGAGCAUUACAUUAGUUUUACAGUCGUAUUUCAGAGCAUUACACUAGUUUUACAGUCGUAUUUCAGAGCAUUACAUUAGUUUUACAGUCGUAUUUCAGAGCAUUACACUAGUUUUCAGUCGUAUUACAGGGCAUUACACUAGUUUUACAGUCGUAUUUCAGAGCAUUACACUAGUUUUACAGUCGUAUUUCAGAGCAUUACACUAGUUUUACAGUCGUAUUUCAGAGCAUUACACUAGUUUUACAGUCGUAUUUCAGAGCAUUACACUAGUUUUACAGUCGUAUUUCAGAGCAUUACACUAGUUUUACAGUCGUAUUUCAGAGCAUUACACUAGUUUUCAGUCGUAUUACAGGGCAUUACACUAGUUUUACAGUCGUAUUUCAGAGCAUUACACUAGUUUUACAGUCGUAUUUCAGAGCAUUACACUAGUUUUCAGUCGUAUUACAGGGCAUUACACUAGUUUUACAGUCAUUACAGUAGUUUUACAGUCGUAUUUCAGAGCAUUACAGUAGUUUUACAUUCGUAUUUCAGAGCAUUACAGUAGUUUUAAAGUCUUAUUAUAGUAUUACCUUAAAAAAAAACACUUUGAAUGUAUUGUGUUGAGACAUUUAUACGGGUAUAGUGAUACAUGUCUGUUGUAUGGGGAAAUUUGUACGGGUAAAGUGAUACAUGUCUAUUGUAUGGGGACAUUUUUACGGGUCAUGAAUCGUAAUCAAUUAAUGUAAGAGCAAACGUUAUAUUUUCCCCAGUAAUGUUAAGGGUGUGGACUAAAGACGAUGCAUCGAGUGUCAGAGCAAAGCCAACGUCUCAAGGGCUACGGACAACCGAUUGAGAACCACCAUGUUAGUGUCUUAUGCCAAAGUCGUUACUAUCUGAAUAAAACAUGAGGUUCUCAUGUUGAGAUAAGUCCCACUGCGUUUACCCCCGUCUUACCCACACCACCACCCCCCCCCCCUUUUUCUUUUUGUGUGCUGUUCUAAAAUUGCCUCAUUUCUGUUUAAGCCGGUAACUCUAUCCCUGGAUAUUGAGUCGAUAAAGUUAAGUUCAAGUUGCUGUAGAGACUCUUGAAGGCUUUCAUUUCCGAAGUAGUUCCUGGAAUUAUCUUGUAACAAGUUGAUCCCCCACGAAUCGAUCAAGGCUGCUACCCCCCAACCCCCACUCCUACUUUUGCACUGACGUCACAGAUAAUGAGUUCCAGUCAUUGGUUAAAAUUUUUUGUUUUUUUUGUUUUUUUCCCCAUUUCCUCUGUCACCGUAUGUUUGGAGAAAUGAAAUUGUAUGUUACAUCAAAGAAGAGUCACCAACAAAUUUCAAAGUGAUUCAGACCUUAGGUAUCUUAUAAAACCUAUUUUUUUAAAUCUAUAACAUUUUCAAAAGCAGAAUGACACACAAAUGGUGAGUGUGGUGCAUGCGCGCAAGGCUAGCAGUUCUGAAACUGCCCCAUAUUGAGUGCGUAGGUGGGUUUGUCAGCCGCGAAUGCCACCAGCCAGCCAUGUGACCAAAGAAUAGAAAAUUAUAAAAUGUUGGGGCAGUUGUUUGUAGGAAAUGGGUCUCUCCACGGACGGAAACUCACUUAUAGUUAGCAGCAUUUGCAAAUCAUACUUUAGGGAACAUAAAUGGUGACGUAAAUAGGGACAUGAAUGGGGGCAUAAAUGAUGACGUAAAUAGUGGCAUAAAAGUGACGUAAAUGGUGACGUACACGGUGACGUACACGUUGACGUAAAUAGUGACCGUGUGUGACAAAAAAAAAAGAAAAAAAAAUGCCGAAAGAAAUUUUUCUAAAAAAAAAAAAAAAAAAGAAAGAAGCAAGAAGUUGUGGAGUUCUGGGAGGGUACUCUCUGUCAUCAGAAUGGGAAAACAAGGGCAGAUCAGAUUGACUAAUUAAGUUAAUAUGACUUUCUUCGGGAAUCUCGCAUUCCUAGUAAAACUGGAUCCUCGCACACAACAGCCUGAAAUGUCCACGAUACAUCACCCCGGAUCACAUAUCUUGCUCCGUUCAACUGUUGUCCGACCUGUAAGCCGUAUAAAAAUGAACUCCCGUUCUUAAACACCUGGGGAACCUACGUCUGCUGAUAUUCAGCAUGAAAAAUGUUUCUCAUAGACUUUGUUGGGAUGCACGCACGCAGCGGCUGCUAUAGGACACGUGCAUGAUUCUCACUGUCCCAAAAAAAUGACCGGUCGACCAGACUUCCUCUUCCGUCGACGCAAUGCACUUCCAUAAUGGUGAAAUUUCUAACCACAAGACACCAUAUAAGCUGUGGGGUAACUUGGUGCAGUCUUGUUUGAAUCUGUCUAAUUUGAAUUAUUCUGACACAUUUUUUUUUAUCAACGGAUACUAAUCAAUCACGAUCCCCCAUGACAAUCGAUGCAUCACUUUUCAACGAGCUAAAGGGUGGGUCAGUACGAACAUGUUCAUCUUCACAAGGGAGACACAUUGCCAACAACAACUGCUCCGCACAACUUCCUUGAAAUCUCUGGGAACAUUCCGCGGCUGCUGGAGCCAUGCAGCAAUUGAAAAAUGUAUGCACGCGUUCAAGAUGCGACAGCUUCACUAUAGUUACUCUCGGCGCUCUCAGUUUUGAACUUAAUUUUCUUUUGCGUUGACUAGCAAUUAUUUUAAUGCAAUCCCUUGGCACUAUUUCUAUCGUUGUAGUGGUCACAUAAACUUAAGAUGUAGAGGACAAGAGAGUGUCAUGGGUCCUUGGAGCGCGAGCAAGAAGAAGAAAUUACCUCUUCAGUUCGAACCAGACUUAGAGCAUACAUUAUUUAUGCAUUAAGUCGUGUCUGUUGUUACAGAACAAAGUCAGACGCUGAUCAACCAAAAGUUAUUUGCCACCAAUUUGUAUUAAAGCAGAAAGUUUCUUCGAAAAUUAUAUGAUACAUAAUACUCGGCAAAUAAUCUGGUAUUUUUUCCACUUAGCUUUUUUUUUUUUUGUGUGUGCGCGCCGUGUGUGUGUGUGUGUGGAUCGUGUGUGUGUUUGUAAGCAGAAAGUUUCUUCGAAAAUUAUAUGAUACAUAAUACUCGGCAAAUAAUCUGGUAUUUUUUCCACUUAGCUUUUUUUUUUUUUUGUGUGUGCGCGUCGUGUGUGUGUGUGUGUGGAUCGUGUGUGUGUUUGCGAGUGUGUAUGUGUGUGGCUGGCUGGCUGGCUAUUCUGAACAGCAAUUUGAACAACCACUGUGUCGCGUCUUGUUGAUGAAACAAACAUGGGACAACCAUUGUAUGUGGAAAAAGUAUUACAUAUUUGGGAUAAAAGAAGGCUUAAUGUAGCCUAAAUGAACGCGGUCACUGUAUAAUGGAGACGAUGAAUUGUGUAAAAAAGAAAUAAUUCUAGGAACAAUGUAUGAAAAUCCUAUUCAAUGUAACAUUUAUAUUAAAAUGCAUUCGGAUUGACAUUGUACAAACACAUAUUGUACUAGCCAGUAUAGAUUGGGUUCUGGAGGGAGGUUGGACGGGGGUGGGGGGCAACAAUGACCUUGCUGUAAUCGGCUGCACCGGGUAACAAUGUUUAGAUAUGUCACGUGACAGAAAUGAUGUGUAAGAUAUGUCACGUGACAGAAAUGAUGUGUAAGAUAUGUCACUUGACAGAAAUGAUGUGUAAGAUAUGUCACGUGACAGAAAUGAUGUGGUAGAUAUGUCACGUGACAGAAGGGAUGAUCCAAUGCAUGAAACAGAUUGGGCUAGCGGGGAAAAAAAUCUCUCGAUUAAAAGUCCAAAUUACAAUUAUUUAUUUCCCCAUUGAAUCGCCUUCUCUACAGACAUGAAUUUCAAAUUGUUACCGAUAAUCGUUGUAAUGUGUUGUUUAUUUUAUUUAAAGUCUUGUUAUAUAUAGCACGAAAAAAAAGUAAUAUUCCUUCCACUGGAAAGCAAGGAUCACCACUUCAUGCAGCUGGCCAUGGUGACAAUAAAAAUCAGUCAUAUGAAUUAACUGUGCUCAACAAUUUCAUUGGGAAAAAGCUCUGGGUUUUGUGAAAUAAAUUGUGGAAUGAUUUCUAUACCAAACGAACAAUAUUUCUAAAAAAUAUAUUAUUUGCCAAACAAAUAUUUUAUAUAUUGAUAAUAAUAUAUGUUUUUAAUUUUUAAAAAAGGGAUUUUUCUAAAACAAUGCUGUGCGUUUUACUUGAAGAAUAAAAAAAAUUAUUUUUUUUUUUGGUCAAGAAAUGAGUGUGUGGUUUUGAUAACAGCACAUUAAGAAGGCAGGAAAACCACGUGACCGAAGGUGAGUGAUACACCUGUCGGUAAUAACGUGUUGGUUAACAGGUAUAAUCCUCCUCACAAUUAGCGAGCACCAGUCUGUUUAUGUAGGUGAGUGGGAGAAAAAAAAAAACACGAAAGGUUCCUCACGUCUGCUCUGCCUCAGGGGCCGGUAAACCCAACGGCUCGGUGAUGUUUUAUGAUGGAGUGGUCUGCCCCUGCCAAGAUAAUGUCUCAAUUCAGGUUCUGCUCAAAUAAAGAUAAGAUUGCUGAUGUGACCACACAAUAGUAGCGGGCGCGGUUCCAGAACGGGGGAAAGUGUGGGGGGGUUGUAUCCAUGUAUCCACGUAUCCAUAAAUCCAUGUAUCCAUGUAUCCAUGUAUCCAUGUAUCCAUGUAUUGUAUCCAUGUAACUCUGUAUCCAUGUAUGCUGAUAAGAUUGCUGAUGUGACCACACAAUAGUAGCGGGCGCGGUUCCAGAACGGGGGAAAGUGUGGGGGGGGGGGGGCAGGUGCGGAUUUGUUACACUAUCGGAAACUUCAAUGUGUAAAGAGUGUGUAAGGUGUGCGGUAAAUAAUCUUUUGAAUACUGUUAUUUUAAGAUCGUAUGUUAAAUCAUUACAAUGUGUUCUUCGUGCGUAUAGAUUAUGUAUCUGAUUUGCUCGUCCUGCCCACUGAAGAUGACCGAGGCUUGACUUGAGCUGAAUUCCACGUAAAGUUAGGCAGAGCCGCUCAACCCGUCAGCCUCACUAUCUCGUCCUUGCCAAUUUGAUCCACUGACAAGGCUAAGACAGGACCACUGGGAAAAGACCAGGAUGUGUGGUCGUUGGUACGCAUUAGCGAUUAUCUGAAACUUUUUUUUAACGAAAUUUUCCGAAACGUGUAGUAUCACAUAGUCCUCGCCGUCCAACUUGGCAUAUUCAGACGUUCAUGCAAACAUACGAGAAUACCUCCUUCCGAUGAUUUUAAGCACAAAACAAUUCUGCGAACAACAGGGUGAUAUUCCUCAUCCGACGUCCGUGGAAUAGAAAAAAAUAAAUAAAUAGUGGGAAAAGAUAUGUUUAGGCCAGAAAAAAAAGACAGAAAAUUAAAAUUUUCUAUUUAUUGUUCUCUCUCUUUUUUUCAUGCCAAAACAUAUCUUGUUCCACUAUUUAUUUACUUAACGCUGCUUGAAAGCAACCCCACCCCACCCCCCAUACAUCAUAGAAUGUAAACACAUAAAGCGCUUGGCAUGUUUAGCAUUGUAUACGCCGCACAUACUAAUGUAUGGGAUGUUAGAAUGUUCCUGAUUGGUGGUUCACAAUAUGGCAGGAAAAAAUGCAACAACAAUUCAUAGCUAAUUAUUUCGUGCCUGGAAUGCCGUGGAAGUAUGGAAGUGUUCAGACUUUACUGGCAAUGUGAAGCCAUGUCCCUGAUGAAGAUUAAUUUAGGUUAAAAAAAAACGAUCUAAUGUGUUCAGUUUUAUGUCUUCACAGUGGGAAAGGAUUGCUACGACUAAUGAGUUACGACUAAGAUGUCACGACUAGGAUGUUACAAUUAAGAUGUCACGACUCAGAUGUUACGAUUAAGAUGUCACGACUCAGAUGUUACGACUAGGAUGUUACGACUCGGAUGUUUUAAGACUGUUCUAUUAUUACCGGCCAGUGUAAUAUGUAACAAAUUUAACGAGAGCAUAAUUUCGGAGGCUAUAUGCCCAGAAGUGUCUGGUCGAGCAGUCGUUCUUACUUGUGUAAAAUAUGAGACGGGCGCUAUAGGAAACGGAUGUUGCCAACAGCACGGUUUCAUUGUCUCAACAACCGGGUGGAUGGGACUCGUUCACUUUGGAUGGCAACUCAUCUAAGAGAAGGCAAAGUGAAAUGAAACUCGGAGAUGGAGUCAAGUAGAGGGUGUGAUAUUACAUUUACAGAAUGAAAAUUCCGACAACUCCUGCGACAUGGAACUCAUGAAGAAAGGGCAGUAAGACGCACGAUACACACUGCUGGUUAUCUCUGCAUCUUGCUCUAUUUCCAGUUGUCUUGACCAAUUCUUGCCAUUUGGAUAAAAAAGGCACGGACGAAAGAGUGUGGCUGAACAACUGAGGAGCUCUCCCUCACUUUAAACACAAUCCAGCUCAAGUCAAGGCUACUUCUGAAGUCGAAACUUUGGUCUGCGCUAAAUGUCCCAGGAAUAUUGAAAAUUAUAAUUGUAAUUCACUGCCAAAUUUUAACGUCAUGGAUUAUUCUAGAAAAAUAUUGUGUUGUGUGUGAGAUUGAGUGAGUUAUAUUUAUGUUUUUUUUUUUUAAUACUUUAAAAUAUCCAUAUUAAAAGUUAUGCGUUGACAAAGUCAUCUUAUUAUUGUAUCGACAAAAUACGACUUCUUACCCCCACACCCACCCCCCUGUCAUUUAUGUAUGUCCAAGUUGACUCUAAAAAUCCAUUGGGUUUAUCUGCCGUUGAUAAAGUGACCUUCUUGGAUUAAUUUUGAACAGCAAUGGUAUCCUAUAAAAAUGACAAGAUUUGUAUUAACGUAACGUAAUAUAGGUCAUGCCCAGUAAUGUUUUUUUCUGUACCAGAGGCGUCACUAGGUUUGGCGUCACCCACUUCGGUAACUCAGUGCGUCAAGCACCCAGCCCCACUUUUCUUUUGUGUAUCUUCUUCAGACCUUCUCUUCGACGCCCUCUGAGUCUGCAUGCUCUUGCGACACUCUACUCUUGCGACACUCUACUCUUGCGACACUCUACUCUUGCGACACUCUACUCUUGCGACACUCUACUCUUGCGACACUCUACUCUUGCGACACUCUACUCUUGCGACACUCUACUCUUGCGACACUGUACUCUUGCGACACUGUACUCUUGCGACACUCUACUUUUGCGACACUGUACUCUUGCGACACUCUACUCUUGCGACACUCUACUCUUGCGACACUCUACUCUUGCGACACUCUACUCUUGCGACACUCUACUCUUGCGACACUCUACUCUUGCGACACUCUACUCUUGCGACACUGUACUCUUGCGACACUCUACUCUUGCGACACUCUACUCUUGCGACACUGUACUCUUGCGACACUGUACACAUUAAUUUGACUUACACUUCUUAUGGAAUCGCUGCGUGCAAAGCUCUUUCAUUCUUUUUACUCUUGCGACACUCUACUCUUGCGACACUCUACUCUUGCGACACUGUACUCUUGCGACACUGUACACAUUAAUUUGACUUACACUUCUUAUGGAAUCGCUGCGUGCAAAGCUCUUUCAUUCUUUUUUUCACUAGCUAUUCCAAUUUAGUGGAACCUCUCCUUGCGUGCGUGUCACCCGGUGCUGUCCGCAACAACUCACACCCCUUGUGACGAGACUUCUAUUUACCCUCACAUAUUUGACCACCUUCACUAAUGAUACAUUUUAGCAAUGAGCUCUGAUUUAGGAUCAAUUAAAAUUUACUAUAUGUCUUUUUUUGUUUGUUUUUUUCUAAAAUGUUUUUUUUUCCUCGUCCCCAGAAAAAAACUUGAGAGCAACCAUGGUCGCCAUGUGUCGACUGAUGUUCCUGUCACUUUUAGUUCUAUGGGACAUCCUACACAUAAGCUCCGCCUACAAGGACUUCCAGUCACUCAUUCCAAACGGCGGGCGUGUCGUCGAUCCUUGCAACAACCAAUCGACGUGGGAAGGGGUGGGGCAUCUGGUGAAAGAAGGGCGGUCUAAGAGGAAUUCUUUCGGGCUCGAUUUUUAUACAUAUGGAAAGGUAUGAGGGCAUAAUUUUAUACAAUGAUAAAAUACAUUGUAAAUGAUGUUGAUGAGAAUGAUUGAUUACAUGUAAAGCGCUUGCAUCUUUGCUAUUUUAGGAUUCACAAAGCGCUCUGAUGUCAUAACAUCUACUUAAAUAAAAAAAAGUAAUUUAAUGUCCCUUAAAUGAUUGUUUUUAACAUUUUCUAAUUUCCCUUAAAGAUAGAGCCAAACUGUUCCAUAAUUUAGGCACUAUAGCUUCAAAGAGCGCACUCCGUAUGACUUCUUUCUGUGUCCAUCCACACCGGGAACUCUCAGUAGGGACUGUGAUGACACUGUAUGGCCAGAUCUGGUGGAAACAUUUAACCUUGAAUUAACUACAAAAUAUUAAGGGUCCACAUCAUAUGCGAUAUGAUCAUAUUAUUUACUCAUCAUAUACUGUUUAGUCUGUAUUGCCACCAACCUACCUCGUUUUGUUCUAUAAUGGUAUUUUCAACAGACAUCCUCAAGAGACGCCGCUAUAAAAGUGCCAUGGCCCGUAGUUUGUUUUUAAACAAAAACUAUGACUCACCACGCAAUUGUUCUAUAGUGAGCAAAACAAAUCUGGUCGUUUAAAAAAAAAACGAAUUGAUUUCUUUUAACAUAGUCAAUAAAAAAAAAAAAUGAAAUCCUCACUAGAUCACGUUUUAAAUCCUUGAGUGAAUUUGCCAUGAGACUUUUAUGGCUUUGUAAAGAAGAAUAAAAAAAAAAAAAAACUCUAACAGUAAUAUUUUCAUGCUGACUCUCUAGAAGCUAAAAAACAUUUUUUNAAUAAAAAAAAAAAAUAAAAUCCUUGCUAAAACACGUUUUAAAUCCUUGAGGAAAUUUUCCAUGAGACUUUUAUGGCUUUGAAAAAAAGAAAAAAAAAAAAAAAAAAAACUCUAGCAGUAAUAUUUUCAUGCUGACUCUCUUGAAGCUAAAAAACAUUUUUUUUUAAUUAUUAUUUUAGGCCAGUAAGUUUUAGAAUUAUAUUACUUAAGAUCUAGUGGUUUUCAAACAAGUUAUUUCCCUUGACGAAUCACGUGCAUUUUAGUUGUCUCUCUGUUCCGUUGGACUCAAUUUCUCCAUCAGAAUCCACAAUAAAGUGUGCUUGUCCCAUUUUCGCGUGGUGAUUACAUUAUGACAAAGAUGAACGUGUUUUUUUUUUUUUUGCUUUUUUUUUUUUUUUUUUUUUUUUUUUUUUUUUUUUGUUUUUUUUUGUUUUUUUUUUGGGGGGGGGUUGGGGGUUUGGAUUGGAGUGCGAUUAUGCUAAGAACGUUUGAGCUCUAGAAGGGAGAUUCAUUAAGCUGCUGGAUGAAGUCUGGGUCAGCUGGGUGCUUCCGCGGUAGUGAUAAAGAGGAUGGUAACAGUAGUGACAAUGGAAACGAUCUCCUCAAAUUUUUCCCCCCACAGAGCUGGACAAAGGCGUUCUGUACGCUGGACUCUGAUGGCGACGGCCGCUCCAACGGUGAGGAGCUGGGUGACCCAGAUUGUGUGUGGAAGCCGGGGAACACGCCACGACGACCGUCCCUUUCUCAUCCAGGUGAUCAAUCAUCUGUAAAGUUUGCUGGUGGGGGGGGGGGGGGCACCAAAACUAUUACGAAACUGAAUUUAAAAGGGGAUUUCAGAAAAGUUUCAAGGCAAAUCAGUUUGAAGCCGGGGACACCGCCACGACGACCGUCCCUUUCUCAUCCAGGUGAUCAAUCAUCUGUAAAGUUUGCUGGUGGGGGGGGGGGGUCAUCAAAACUAUUACGAAACUGAAUUUAAAAGGAGAUUUCAGAAUAUGUUCAAGGCAAAUCAGUUUGUGUGGCUUAGAUGGCUGUUACUAAAUUGCUAAACGAAAAUUUACUAACAAACUCAUCAAUAUCCCAUUCAUCAAUAUCCCAUUCAUCAAUAUCCCAUUCAUCAAUAUCCCAUUCAUCAAUAUCCCAUUCAUCAAUAUCCCAUUCAUCAAUAUCCCAUUCAUCAAUAUCCCAUUCAUCAAUAUCCCAUCAUCCCGACAGGUAUUUGUGAGCCAUUGACAAGUGAACUUUGCAAGGCCAAGAACCAGGGGUUCUCGUGUAAUGUGGCGUCCAACCUUGAAAUGGGAUUCUGUCCCCAUCUGGAUAAAAGUUGUAAGUCGUCGGCCAGUCUCGUUGUUUUAAGACCACAGUUGCAUGUCCCCAACUAAAGAACGAUGGCGCUUUCAAAUAUCUUUAUGCUUAGAGAACAUAGUGUAAUCGAAGGCUGUCUUUACUUGACUGGCUCGCGCUGAAUUUUUCUUUUCUUUCCUGGCGUCAAUUAAUGUCCAACAUAAGAGUUCCACAUUUACAAGCAAGGAAAAAAAAUAUCAUUUUAAAUAGAGCUCAAUCAUCAAAACGAUGAAUAAAAAAAUGAUUAAAAACUAUACGUAUUUAGAGCAAUAAAUUUCAUGGUCAAGUAACAUAAGAGAGUUUUUUUCUAAUUUUUAUUGGGGAAAAAAGUAAAAUUCGAAAGUUAGGCUAAGGACCUUAAAAGUGUUUUAGAACUUUCAUACCCUUAUACAUAUACCCAAAUAUAAUGUUCAAUUAUUAUGGUGAAUAUUAAAAUUUAAAAAAAUAAUAAUAAUGAUACUAAAACUCAUUAAGUCUAAUGUCUUGGUGUGCAUCAAAGCAAAAAGAAAAAAAAAAAAAUUACGCUCAUAAAAGGUUUUCAAAAAUAAAUACAGACCAACCUCCUAAAAAACUAUGUAAUCAAAGAAGGCGCGUGUAUCUUAACAGUUUUGAGGUAAUGGGUCCGGAAAAUGAAGUAGGCAGUCGCCAGUAAAGGCAGAGCCCUUCAUUCUGAAGCAAGCCCUUGGAAACGUGUUUAUUGGGGUCUCCGAGUGAUUGUUGAUGUAACCCUAGGACGAUACUGCGCCACAUGAGCCACACGAGCCACCAAGCGCCACAUUAAGUGGACGACCAAAUUAAGUUUAUUCUCUGGGCCCAAAAGCUGUCUGCAUUGGGCGCGCAAAUAUUUACAAAUGGCCGGAGAAGCGCUCCGACUAACCUGAUUAUAUGUUAGUGUUCUCCCUUUCAAAUAUUGACGGCGAAAUGCGAUGUUAAACGCAACGAAAAGUGCUGGGUUUGAGGGUAGGGUCUCUAAAGGUUUUUUUGUUUGUUUGAGUGCUUUUUCUUCUCGUGGUAGUGACGUGUUUAUAAGUACAAAUACAAGUAUUUGGAGAGUGUAAUACACGUAUUUGGGACUUGGGUCGGAGUUUCUGAGAUGGGGAGUAGAGUUCAAAGGUUGUAUAAGGGAGCAACAUUUUAAAUAUUUAUUUGAAAGUUGAUAAAAGUCAUCUUAAACACUGUCGAUCGUGACGUCAUUCUUUCCCUUUUUUUUUUUUUUAAAGUAUUUUUUAAUUUUUUUAAAUUGUAUCUAUGGCAAUAGAAACGUGUCAGAGGUAGGUUAAGUGUGGAAUAAACGAUCGUCUCUUUGAUCACUGUUACUCCUAAAAUGAUUGAAUCACUUAUUUCCAAGCUAGGUAAGAAACGUAACGCACAGGGGCGUCGUUUCAGAUUUUUUCAGGGGAGGGCAAAACCAAAACUUGGUCGGCUUGUAAAUUUGUUAAUUACUGGAGGCGCCGCAGUACACAGCGAUUUAAUUAAAACCUGCCGAUUCGUACGGUGGGGGGGGGGGAGGGAUGCCCCAAACUGCCCUACCCAAAUGACGUCCCUGGUAACGCGUACACAUUUUUUGUGAGUCACAGGAGCCUAAAAUAUAUUUUUUUUUAAAGUUACAAACAAUGUCAUAGCUACUUCAUAAAAAAUAUUGAAAAAGAAAAAAAAAAAUUAAAAGAAAAUAAAUUAGUUAAAUUAGUUCCAAAAAAACAUAUCCUUCAAUGAUGAUUUAUUUUUUUUUUCUAAAUUAUUAUUUUGUUUACAAUCUCUUUUAAGGCACGUCACGAAACAACUGUAUACAAAAAAAAAAAAUAAUAACAUCUGUCAAAAUAUAAUAUUGGAUUGGGAUUGUUGCACUGUUCGAUUUCAAAUUAUUUAUGAAGACUAGCAAUCAACUGUGUAUGUCUAUGUCCUACAGUGCUCAGCAGGAGCGGUGAUUCUAUCAGAAGUCAGGGUUAAAAUAUUCCAUACGAAUGCAAACACUGAUGGAAGCGUUCAAAAAAUAACCAGAACUGUCAUCUCUAAGAUCAGACUCCGUUAUUUUGAAAGGAAAUAUUUUUAGGAUUCUCUUUAAAAAAAAAAAUUAAACAACCCCCCCCCCUCCCCACUACCCCCUCACUAACAGCAAUAAUCACAAAAGAACUGCGCAUGGCCGAAACACAAGUGCCCCCGUCAGAAACCAGCUACUUCUGUCAGCUGUUCGACCUCAACUUCACGACUGAUCAUCACAUGGUGGCCACUCAGCCAAUGGUCCAUGUCAAAAGCGUCGUCCACCACGUUCUUCUGUUCGGGUGUGACCCAAGAGGUGAGAGAACUUCAUUUCACAUUUGUUUAUUUUUUAUAGUAUUUCUUGUCACUUAGAAAUUUUGUGGCGCCUUCAUUUGAUUAUAAUAUGUUAAGACAUGGGCGCCAGCAGAAAACUUUCUAAGGGAGGGGGGGCAAAAAAAAUGUAUUAACUUUCGGGGGGGGGGGCACACAUUUUUUAGUAAUGUUUUAAUAUAGUUUUAAUUUACUGUAGCGUAUUUGUAUGGUGAACGAACGGACAGAACAUCAGCUUAGUUACUUUCUCUUUAUUUUCUCUUUACUUUAAUACAUUUUUUGUCUAUUUUUGUCAAAAAUUUUUUUAUCCAAUCAAUCCAUCAGAGGGGGGGGGGCAAUUGUCCCCGUUGCCCCCCCCCCUGCGGGCGUCCAUGUGUUAAGACGAUAUUUUGCUAUGUUAUGCUAUUGUUAUAUUUUCAUUUAUUCUUCAUAUAACUUAAAUCCUACAAUGUUUGCUUCCUGAACUUUGAUAUCCUAUGUUUUCUUACAAUAGCACAUCUGCCUUGUUAUACUUACUGUCCCAUCCUACAAAUGAAAUAGCAAAACAAGUUAUGUGGAAGCUUGAAUUUAAGGACAGAACAACAAGAUUAGAAGGUUUCGGCAUACAGCCUUCAUCAGCGCACACGACAAAGGAAAAUAUCACAAGGAACGGAGCACAGUGAACAACUAAUCCUACUCUAAAAAAAUAUUAUAUAUCCUACACACCUGUCCUAGUUUUACAACUGUUUUUAUCUGUCAACUGUUCUAUCUUAUACGAUUACUCUCUCCGACAACAGUCUUAUUUUAUAAUAUCGUUUUAUUUUUUUUUUAUCUGCAGUUGAGACCGAGACUAGCCUCAGGUCCCCAUACCAGUGUGACAUGGUCCCUCACACGGCCUGCAACUCUUUGAUUGGCGCCUGGACUAUAGGCAGCCCGGGGGAGUGUGCCCACCCCGAGAUGGGGUUCCGCAUGGGUCCCCGGGGGUACAGAACGGUAGCGCUACAGGUAAGACUAUUCUUCAAUUGAUUCGUAAUGAUAACGUUCUACUCAUUGAACGACAUCAGUGGUUCUCAACCUUCCUAAUGCCGGGACCCUUAAAUACAGUUCCUCAUAUUGUGGCGACUCCCCAACAACAAAAAUAUUUUAGUUGAUACAUCCUAACUGUGAAGUAUAUGUUUUUUUCGAUGGUCUUCGCGACCCCUGUGGAAGGGCCAUUUGACCCCCCAAAGGGGUCGCGACCCACAGGUUGAGAACCGCUGAACUACAUCAACUAUAUCCAGAGAUUCUCCAACUGAUGUCGCAUCACUCAUAUGGACAUAUUUUGAUUAGUUCUACUUACAACUCCACAGGUUCACUGGAACAACCCCAACAAAAAAUCUGAAUUCGUUGACAUGUCCGGACUGAAAAUUUUCCUGACCACAAAGCUGAGAAAACACGAUGCCGGUAUGCUGGUCAUUGGUCAAAACUACCUUCAGAUUGAUCCGGAAACUGAUCAAGGCACCACAGGUAAGAAAUAAGAACAAAUUAACAUAAUUGAUAUGGCCUGAGUUACAAAGUUUGGAAUACGGUUAUCGUGAAAUUAAUGAAUCAUUCAUAGCUUGAACAUUUCAUGGAAAAGAAAUGUUCAUCAUGUUUCCAUAUUUUUGUUGUUGCUGUAAAGAUAUAUUCGGAGAAUAAUAGUAAUAAUAAUAAUAAUAGAUCUUAUAUAGCGCGGUACCACACCCUAGGGCUGGGCUCACCUCGCUGUACAUACAAAUUUUAUCAAAAGAGACAUAAUCAUGACAUUAAAAUAAUAUACAUUUAUGAAAUAAAGAACAGCAAUGUAUAUUCACCCACCCCACCACAUAACUUUUACAAGGCAAACCAUGGACGGCAGCCAGCAAGAUCGUUUAUCGGUCAGAGGAGGGGAAUCAGUCAGGGUAGUAUACCAAUGCUUGACGGUUUAUUUGAUUGACUGAUGGACCGUCAGAUUGAAUGAUAGAUCAAUUGCUUGACAUAACUUUUAAAUGAAAGUAUCUUUUAAAUUCCAUUUGUUAUUAUCAUUUUAACGAAAAAUACAAAAACAAAAACAGCCUUAAUAUUUUAAAUCUUUAGUGUUUGCUUGAGACGUAGCAGAAGAUGACUGAAGUUUAUUUUAAUCAUUCAUAUAAUGAGUACUGAACAUUUUUUUCAGACAAAUCAAAACUUGUUGAAUUUUCAUCGGUUUGUCCAGAGAGGUGUACCCAGGUCAUGUUUCAGACGCCCAUCUUCGUCACCUCAGCUGUCAAUCACAUGCAUUAUUUAGGUCAGUUCGCCGUACUGCCGCCCUGUGAUUGGUUAUAUCAGUUAGAGACAUCAAUUAUGAGAGUUUCAGACAAGGAUCAGUAUUCGAAUUGGGGAUGACUGUAGUUGAUCUAGGAUUUAAUUGGUUAUGACUGUAGUUGAUCUAGGAUUUCAUUGGUUAUGACUGUAUUUGAUCCAGGAUUUCAAUUGUUUAUGCCUGUAGUUGAUCUAGGAUUUAAGUGCUUAUGACUGUAGUUGAUCUAGGAUUUAAUUGGUUGUGACUGUAGUUGAUCUAGUAUUUAAUUGGUUGUGACUGUAGUUGAUCUAGGAUUUAAUUGGUUGUGACUGUAGUUGAUCUAGUAUUUAAUUGGUUGUGACUGUAGUUGAUCUAGGAUUUAGAUUUUUGUGACUGUAGUUGAUCUAGGAUUUAAUUGGUUGUGACUGUAGUUGAUCUAGUAUUUAAUUGGUUGUGACUGUAGUUGAUCUAGUAUUUAAUUGGUUGUGACUGUAGUUGAUCUAGUAUUUAAUUGGUUGUGACUGUAGUUGAUCUAGGAUUUAAUUUUUUGUGACUGUAGUUGAUCUAGGAUUUAAUUGGUUGUGACUGUGAUUGAUCUAGGAUUUAAUUGGUUGUGACUGUAGUUGAUCUAAUAUUUAAUUGGUUGUGACUGUAGUUGAUCUAGGAUUUAGAUUUUUGUGACUGUAGUUGAUCUAGGAUUUAGAUUUUUGUGACUGUACUUGAUCUAGGAUUUAAUUGGUUAUGGCUGUAGUUGAUCUAGUAUUUAAUUGGUUGUGACUGUAGUUGAUCUAGGAUUUAAUUUUUUGUGACUGUUGUUGAUAUAGUAUUUAAUUGGUUAUGACUGUAGUUUAACUAGGAUUUAAUUGGUUGUACUGUAGUUGAUCUAGGAUUUAAUUGGUUAUGACUGUAGUUGAUCUAGGAUUUAAUUGGUUAUGACUGUAGAUGAUCUAGGAUUUAAUUGGUUAUGACUGUAGUUGAUCUAGGAUUUAAUUGUUUAUGACUGUAGUUGAUCUAGUAUUUAAUUGGUUAUGACUGUAGUUGAUCUAGGAUUUUAUUUGUUAUGACUGUAGUUGAUCUAGGAUUUAAUUGGUUGUGACUGUAGUUGAUCUAGGAUUUAAUUGGUUAUGACUGUAGUUGAUCUAGGAUUUAAUUGGUUAUGACUGUAGUUGAUCUAGGAUUUAAUUGGUUAUGACUGUAGGUGAUCUAUCAUUUAUUUGCUUAUGACUCUAGGUGAUCUAGGAUUUAAUUGGUUUUGACUGUAGUUGAUCUAGUCUUUAAUUGGUUAUGACUGUAGUUGAUCUAGUAUUUAAUUGGUUAUGACUGUAGUUGAUCUAGUAUUUAACUGGUUGUGACUGUAGUUGAUCAAGUAUUUAAUUGGUUAUGACUGUAGUUGAUCUAGGAUUUAAUUGGUUAUGACUGUAGUUGAUCUAGUAUUCAAUUGUUUAUGACUGUAGGUGAUCUAGGAUUUAAUUGGUUAUGACUGUAGUUGAUCUAGGAUUUCAUUGUUUAUGACUGUAGUUGAUCUAGGAUUUAAUUGGUUAUGACUGUAGGUGAUCUAUCAUUUAUUUUGUUAUGACUGUAGUUGAUCUAGGAUUUAAUUGGUUAUGACUGUAGUUGAUCUAGGAUUCAAUUGUUUAUGACUGUAGGUGAUCUAGGAUUUAAUUGGUUAUGACUGUAGUUGAUCUAGGAUUUAAUAGGUUAUGACUGUAGUUGAUCUAGGAUUCAAUUGUUUAUAACUGUAGGUGAUCUAGGAUUUAAUUGGUUAUGACUGUAGUUGAUCUAGGAUUUAAUUGGUUAUGACUGUAGUUGAUCUAGGAUUUAAUUGGUUAUGACUGUAGGUGAUCUAUCUUUUAUUUGGUUAUGACUGUAGGUGAUCUAGUAUUUAAUUGGUUAUGACUGUAGUUGAUCUAGGAUUUAAUUGGUUAUGACUGUAGUUGAUCUAGGAUUCAAUUGUUUAUGACUGUAGGUGAUCUAGGAUUUAAUUGGUUAUGACUGUAGUUGAUCUAGGAUUUAAUUGGUUAUGACUGUAGUUGAUCUAGGAUUUAAUUGGUUUCACUAUAGGUGAUCUAUCAUUUAUUUGGUUAUGACUGUAGUUGAUAUAGUAUUUAAUUGGUUAUGACUGUAGUUGAUCUAGUGUUUAAUUGGUUAUGACUGUAGUUGAUCUAGUAUUUAAUUGUUUAUGACUGUAGUUGAUCUAGUAUUUAAUUGGUUAUGACAAUAGUUGAUCUAGUAUUUAAUUGAUUAUCACUGUAGUUGAUCUAGGAAUGUCUUUUCUCUGCAGGUAAAGGUCAACAUAUCAAAGUUUACAAAAACAACACAUUGCACAGCGUCAUAACGGACCAGGACAAUUACAAGUACGAUGACCCAGUGAUAUACAAGUAAGUUUCUGACAGACUUAAGGUUUCAGACAGACUUAAGUUUCAGACGGACUUAAGGUUUCAGACAGCCUUAAGGUUUCAGACAGACUUAAGGUUUCAGACAGACUCAAGGUUUCAGACAGACUUAAGGUUUCAGACAGACUUAAGGUUUCAGACAGACUCAAGGUUUCAGACAGACUUAAGGUUUCAGACAGACCCUACUUUUCAGACAGACUUGAGGUUUCAGACAGACUUAAGGUUUCAGACAGACCCUAGGUUUCAGACAGACUUGAGGUUUCAGACAGACUUAAGGUUUCAGACAGACCCUAGGUUUCAGACAGACGUAAGGUUUCAGACAGACUUAAGGUUUCAGACAGACUUAAGGUUUCAGACAGACUUAAGGUUUCAGACAGACUUAAGGUUUUAGACAGACUCAAGGUUUCAGAUAGACUUAAGGUUUCAGACACACUUUAGGUUUCAGACAGACUCAAGGUUUCAGACAGACUUAAGGUUUCAGACAGACUUAAGGUUUCAGACAUACUUAAGGUUUCAGACAGACUUAAGGUUUCAGACAGACCCUAGGUUUCAGACAGAUUCAAGGUUUCAGACAGACUUAAGGUUUCAGACAGACCCGAAGUUUCAGACAGACCCUAGGUUUCAGACAGACACGAGGUUUCAGACAGACUCGAGGUUUCAGACAGACUCAAGGUUUCAUACGGAAUCAAUGUUUCAGACAGACUCAUGCGUUUCAUUGAAUUAUAUCGGUAGCAUGUAUCUUACUAUAAAUAUUGGCCAUUGGACGUGACUGUUAACUUUUUCAAAUCUCGAAACUACCCAUAAAAUAGUCAGAUUCUAUGAAGAACGAACAUUACAAGAGUUAAAACGAAGUCUAAAAAUAACAGAUGUUCAGUUUAUAAUGACGGAGCUACAGGUGGUAAUGAAAUUGACAAAACUAAUCAUGACGUGGGUGUAAUGAAUGGUCAAGCAAGUGUUGAUAAUAAUGAGAUGGUUUUGGCUGAUGAGGUGGAUGUUAUUUAUUAAAACCCUGUCAUAGAAACCUUGCUCAAAAAACACAUUUGGCUUAUACUUUAAUUAUUUAAAAAAAAACAAACAACAUUCCAUUCCUUUAUAUUGAGUAGAUUGGCAGUAUCUUUUUAAAAAAAAAAAAAAUUCACAAUAUUCUGUCAACGGCAUAACUCCAAGCUGAUUUUUGUCUGUCUCUGUAUUUUUGCUGUCGAAGGCUUCUUGGCAGAAACGUCCACGUUUGAAUAUUAUCAUUGUUCAUGUUCUACUCCACCCAGUGUGUUUUCCUUAUGGCUUCAGCCUGAACGCAGCCCUUCUCCCCGUAAGGUCUCUUUCAGCCUAAAAAUAGCAUUGAAUCGCCGAUGACGUCAGUGUAGACCGUGUACCUUCAAAACAGACAAUGAUCCGGCUUAGAUUUCUUUCCGCGUCAAUGAUGAAUCCCAACGUUGGUGGAAACUCACUAGAAUUUCUGCUUCGUUCCUUCUUAUGCUUUUCAAAUCACCAUUUCCCUCCUGCCUUUUUUUUCCUCCUCUUCCCCAGCUUCCAGACGCCCAUUCGAAUAGAGCCAGGUGACGAGCUGCGGACUACCUGCGUGUACAAGCGGACACCCAAGAAAACACCUGUCUGCUGGGGGGAGGCAACGUCUUCUGAAAUGUGCUUUGGGUUCAUAACCUACUUCCCACUUCUGAGGGUAAGCCUCAGACUUAGAGUUAUUCCACAUGCUAGUUUUUAAAGAAAAUUGUGCAAGUUUUAAAGAAAAAAUUAACAGAGUUUGGCUUAUGGGACAAAACCAUUGAUCUGAGCUUUGAAAGAUAUGUCUAGAGUUAGACGGGUAAGCCUAAAAAUAUUAUCACGACCCUGACAUAACCUGAGUGGUUUUGAAGAUAAAAAAAAAAGAGAUCAAAUUCUAUUCAUGUAUUCAUUACUAGAAACUAUCCACUAUCCACAUUUCAUUUUCAAAAGUAGGAUGCAUUCAAGCAUAGUUUUGAUUUUAAAACACUAAACCAACACGAAUUCAAACAUGUGAAUUCUUUGAUAAUAAUUCUCAUUUUCAACACGUUUGAGCAAGUUUGAUUUCUCAAGAUUCCGGUAAAAACUAACGGAGCUUAAAGUUAAUAACACAGAUGAGGGUGUGACCUCGUUUAAUCUCUAAAAGUUUUGUUGAUACAAUUUUUACCGAUUUUUUGGCAAAUAAGUCGUUAAUAUUUUUAGUUAGUUUUCUACAUCAAAAUGUGUGUCCAUGCUAGCAAGAUGCUUACAUCUGAUCUGAAAUUACAAUUCAGAUAACAAACCAAGAAAGAAAAUUAAAAAACUUGAAGUACAAAUCCUAAUUCUAUAAGGUUAUUGCCUGAGAAACUUUUACAACCCUCUCCCACUCUAGCAAUCUCAUUUUAAAUUUCAUGUUUUUUUUUUUUAAUUUUAGUUAAAGACCCUUUAAAAAUCAUAGUGAUGAUAGCACAGCUAACAGUAAAUCAUCAAAUUUUAAUGUCACAUUUGACAGAAGCUGUCCCAGCCCUGGUGCACGUCACACAAGUCCCUCCCCUCGUGCGACAGGCAUCUUCCCUCUCUCAGCACCCGCCCGAUAGGAAACUGCAAAUGGUGGGAGUUCCGAAAUGCUAGCCAUCCGGAGACCCAAGCCAUCCUGGGCAGAGUUUUCCAGGAGUGCUACCCGUCCAGAGACCCGGUGCUGCGGUGCACCGAUGGGUGUAAAGAGAUUGUCAACCUGAUAGCCUCACAUCCUUGUUUACAGGUAAAUUUUAAAUUCUAA